GUGUUGUACUUUGCGAAGAGCGCCGAGCUGAGCGGCUUACGGGAGGAGCUUUUGCCAGUGGACACGCCCAUCAGCAGCCAGGACCUUUGGACUCGGUUACUACAGCAACACCCCGGACUGCACGUGCUGCAGGGUCACGUGGUGUUGGCGGUGCGCCGUCAGUACGUCGCCGUCGACGACCCCCGGCCGCUGACCUUGCGGGACGGAGACGAGGUCGCCGUGGUGCCGCCGCUCAGCGGAGGAUGAACUCGCUUUCGACCGCGGAGAAAGGGCGGGACAUCUUCAAGCUGAGCCGCGAUCGGCCGUCGACGGACGAGGCCGCGGCGGCGGUGGGCGAUGCGUCCUGCGGAGCCAUUUCUCUCUUCGUAGGGACCACGCGCGAGGACCAUUCUGAACAUGGGAAGGUGAUCGGUUUGGAGUACGAGGCAUACGAGCCCAUGGUCCUGUCUGAGCUCGCCAGGCUGUGUCGUGAUGUCAGAGACCGCUGGCCCGACGUGGCGCGCGUGUACGUGCACCACCGACUCGGGUGGGUAGGAGUGGGUGAGGCCAGCGUUGUGGCGGCCGUCUCGUCGCCUCACCGCCACGAGGGUCAGCGUGCCCUGGCUCACCUAGUGGACGGCUUAAAGGCCAGCGUCCCCGUCUGGAAGAAGGAGGUGUACGAGGGCCGCGGGACAGCCUGGAAGGAGAACGCUGAGUGCGCCUGGGCCCGUUGCCGUGGAAACGACUGCACGCAAAAAGAACCGUCGCUCCAAUAAAUGCUGUAAACCUGCCGUGCGUGAUGUCAACUCAUUCACUGCAAUCUAUCUAGCCUUUCCUUUCUGUUGAAUUUACUCAUGUCCUGUGACUGUGGCCUAAAAUGUGACAUCUACUUAUCUCUGACUUUUUUCAUCGUCAAUCAUUAUUUUUUAUACAUUUUUAAAUGAAUAUAAAUUAAAACAAUCAAAUUCAAAUGAAUCAAAACAGAAAUGCAAAUGUUAUUGCCCACAAUAAC